AAGCCGUGAUAAUAAGCUCCAGUUUCUCAGCUGGAGUUUCCACUUACCACCAAAUUCAAUCGCCAUGGCAGCGGCUCUGCUCAACCUCUUCAACGUCUCCUUCCUCUUGAGCCUCCUCUCCAACCCAAACUCGGGCCCCUGGCCCGAAACAAGGCUAGGCGGCGUGGACCUGUUUCCGGCGACGUGCAAGCGUAUAGAGUGCCCGAGCUACGACGUGAUUCACGUCGGCGAGGGCUACGAAAUCCGGCGCUAUAACUCGACCGUUUGGAUGUCGACGGCGCCGCUGCAAGACAUCUCCUUGGUUGGGGCCACCAGAAACGGCUUCCUCCAGCUGUUCGAUUACAUUCAAGGGAAGAACAGCUACAAGGAGGAGAUAGAGAUGACCGCUCCGGUGAUCACCGAGGUGUCGCCCAGCGACGGGCCCUUGUGCGAAUCAACCUUCGUUGUGAGCUUCUACGUGCCGAAGGUGAACCAGGCCGACCCGCCGCCGGCGAAAGGCCUCCACGUGCAGAGGUGGGGACCGGUGUACGUAGCAGUGAGGCAGUUUGGCGGGCACGUGAUGGACUCCGACGUGGGAGAGGAAGCCGCCGCCUUGUACGCCAGCCUUUCCGGCACCGUCUGGUCGGACGCCAUCGAGAAAAGCCAUGGCUCUGAGGUCUCCACCCACUACACUGUUGCGCAGUACAACUCUCCCUUCGAGUUCAAGAAUCGACUCAAUGAGAUUUGGUUUACGUUCCAUUUAUAAGCUGUUUUUGUUUUGAUCAUGUUGCCAGCUAGUACGAGAGCAAAUAAGGUUGGUAUGCUCAAGAGCAAUGUUUAGAUUAAUAUAUAUAGUUCCUCUUGAGAAGGAUAUUGUAUGGAGAUAUACAACAUAUAUAUAUAUAUAUAUAUAGUUAAGAAUCAAGAUA